UCUGCUGAAGUUCAAAAUGCGCCGACCAUUUAAUCAGCUCUGGAACUCAACAAGCUCUUCGAAACAGUUAUUCACACAGAUAUUGUUCUAAUAAACUUACAAAACAGUCUUGAAUAUAUACCACUUAACUAUUUUCAUUUUGCAUCAUCGCUGCGUGAUCCAUAUUACUGCCCACUAUUACGUCACUAUUUGAAAUGAAUUUUCCGGCACCCCAGUUUCCUAAACUAAUCUCUUACCUUUCGUUCUCUUGCAGGUCGUUCUCGCAAAUCAAAAAAAUCAAAAAUGUUGCUCAACACCGACGUCAACGACAAUGAUAACAACAACCAAAUUACCCCGUGCGAAGCGGCUGGCCAGCAGCUUCACCGACCCCACGAAUGCCCUCUGUGUCAUAAAGGUUUUACCCGCUCCAAUCAUUUAGCAGAUCACGUGCGCCGGCACACCGGCGAACGGCCCUAUCCAUGUUCUUACUGUCAGAAAAAGUUUGCUACGAAAAGUCACCGACGCGAACACGAACGAACUCACGUCGGGGGCAAACUUGAAUGCCACCUGUGCCCUUCGAGAUUCACCCGACGGCGCCAGGCUUUACAGCACCUGCGGGGCCAUGGAAUCGACACGGCCUUGCUUGAGACUAAUAUCAAUAUUUGGCCUAUGCGGAUGAAUGGCACGAUCCCGACCGAUCAAUUAAGCCCCGAAUCUCCACCAACGCCGGAACCUGAACAGCCAAGCACGACAAGCUGCGUUUAGAGAAAGUUUACAAUGGAACUUGUGAGAUGAAGAACGUAGAAGUUUUGAAAAGUAACUGAAAGAAAUCGACAUUGGCCAAAGAGCGCACCAUUGAAAUGUUCGGAAAAAUGUUGCUGUAUGAUGUAUGUUUUUACGAUAUGAUGUCUUGUUACCAAAAGGAGGAACUCAGGUUCAUACGUUUUAUUGCUACGGUUUACUGAUAGUAACUUUACCAUUAAUCCAUUUUCUGAUGUUACAAUCGUUUUAUCACCGCAAUACUCAUUUUUUUUUUAUGUCAAACAUAACUUCCUACCUUUUACUAUUUAAACUGAAAAUAAGGGACAGAUUUAGUAAUUUUUAAUUAAUGUGCAUGCCUUAGAAAAUAUUGCUCAAAUGAUGCCUUCAAUGAUGAAUUUACACCAUAUUGCUCAAGCUUGGGUGUGAUGAAGUAAGUGCCUUUUAUCAUGUGUGGCAAAUGGCGUUAAUCAAACGAAAAACUCAUGCGGAUGCCGGUGGGUGCUUACGCAAC